GGCACCGGACGGAUAGUGUCGCGACGCCCUGCGUCCAUAGUACCGUGUCGCAGUCGACUGCUCUUUCCACAAUUGACGAUUCACAUCAGACAGUGAAUGCCUGCAGAAUAUUGAUAUUUGAUUUGACGCAUCCAUCAUGGAGCAGAUCCCACCCCCGAAGGAGGUGAAGAUCCUCGAAACAGCGGAGGACAUUCAAGAGCGUCGUGAACAGGUGCUGAACCGCUAUGAAGACUUCAAGCAGGAGGCGCGCGCCAAGCGUGAGAAGCUGGAGGACUCCCGCCGCUUCCAGUACUUCAAGCGUGACGCCGACGAGCUCGAGUCCUGGAUCCAGGAGAAGCUGCAGGCGGCCAGCGAUGAGAGCUACAAGGAUCCCACCAACCUCCAGGCUAAGAUCCAGAAACACCAGGCCUUCGAAGCAGAGGUGGCCGCUCACUCCAACGCGAUCGUGGUGCUGGACAACACCGGCACUGAGAUGAUCACCGGCGGGCACUUCGCCUCGGAGACCAUCCGCAAGCGGCUCGAUGAGCUGCACCGCCUAUGGGAGCUGCUGCUCUCCCGGCUAGCGGAGAAGGGCAUGAAGCUGCAGCAAGCUCUCGUGCUGGUGCAGUUCUUGAGGCACUGCGAUGAAGUCAUGUUCUGGAUCCAUGACAAGGAAACGUUCGUAUGUGCGGAUGAGUUCGGCUCGGACUUGGAACAUGUUGAGGUGCUGCAGCGCAAGUUCGACGAGUUCCAGAAGGAUAUGGCGGCGCAGGAGUACCGUGUGACCGAGGUCAACCAGCUGGCCGAGCGACUGGUGCUGGAGGGCCAUCCCGAGCGAGAGACCAUCGUCAAGAGGAAGGAUGAGCUGAACGAAGCAUGGCAGCGUCUCCGCCAGAUGGCGCUGAUGCGUCAGGAGCGCUUGUUCGGCGCUCACGAGAUACAACGCUUCAACCGCGACGCCGACGAGACCAUCGCCUGGAUCUCCGAGAAGGAUGUCGUGCUUGGUUCUGACGACUAUGGUCGCGAUCUCGCUACUGUCCAGACUUUGCAGCGCAAGCACGAGGGCGUGGAGCGCGACCUAGCAGCCCUAGAAGACAAGGUGUCGACCCUGGACGGCGAGGCGGCGCGGCUGGCCGCUAUACACGCCGACCACGCGCCCGCCAUACACGCCAAGCGCGACGAAAUCACGCUGGCUUGGCAGAAGCUCGUUCAGAAAGCCAAGGAGCGUCGUUCGGAGCUGGAGUCUUCGUACGCGCUGCACCGGUUCCUGGCCGACUACCGCGACCUCAUGUCGUGGAUGAGCGACAUCCGCGCGCUUAUCGCUGCCGAUGACCUCGCCAAGGACGUGCCCGGGGCAGAGGCGCUGCUUGAGAGGCAUCAGGAGCAUAAGGGCGAGAUGGACGCUAGGUCAGAUGUGAUCCGCGGCUGCGCGGCGGCGGGCCAGGCGCUGGUAGAGGGCGGCCACCGCGCUGCGGGCGAAGUGUCCACCGCCUUGGACGCUCUGCAGCGCGAGGGUGACGCCCUCCACGCGCUGUGGGAGCAGCGCCGCGUGCUGUACCUGCAGUGCAUGGACCUGCAGCUGUUCUACCGCGACACCGAGCAGGCCGACGCCUGGAUGCACAAGCAGGAGGCGUUCCUAGCUAACGAGGACGUUGGCGACUCCCUGGACUCCGUAGAAGCGUUGUUGAAGAAACACGAGGACUUUGAGAAGUCUCUGGCAGCACAGGAGGAGAAGAUCAAGGCUCUGGACGAGUUCGCGUCCAAGCUCAUCGAAGGCCAACAUUACGCCGCUGACGACGUCGCGCAGAGGAGGGAGAUGCUGCUAGAACGCCGCGCCGCUCUCCUCGAGAAGUCGAACCAACGCCGCGCCCUUCUCGAAGACGCUUACAAAUAUCAACAAUUCGAACGCGACUGCGAUGAGACCAAAGGCUGGAUCAAUGAGAAGCUCAAGUUCGCCACAGACGACUCCUACCUAGACCCCACCAACUUGAACGGCAAGGUGCAGAAGCAUCAGAACUUCGAGCAAGAACUGCAAGCCAACAAGCCUAGGGUUGACGAGAUCACGGCGCUAGGGACACAGUUGCUGGAGCAAGAGCAUUUCGCUAAACCGCAAAUCGAGUCCCGGUUGGGUGAACUGGCGGGGCUAUGGGAACGCCUGGUGGCCGCCUCCGAGUUGAAGGGCAGCAAGCUGCAGGAAGCGGCGCAGCAGCAGCAGUACAACCGCAGCGUCGAGGACAUCGAGCUGUGGCUGUCCGAGCUGGAGGGACAGCUGCUUAGCGAGGACUAUGGCAAGGACCUGACCAGCGUGCAGAACCUCCAGAAGAAGCACGCGCUCCUGGAGGCGGACGUGAGUUCGCACGCGGAGCGCAUCGACGCCAUCCGCGCGCAGGCCGAGCAGUUCAUCGAGCGCGGACACUUCGACGCCGACAACAUCCGGGCCAAGAGGGAUGCCCUGGUGGCGCGUUACGCCGCGCUAGACAAGCCGAUGGCGAUCCGCAAGCGUCGCCUGUUAGACUCGCUGCAAGCCCAGCAGCUGUUCCGUGAUUUGGACGACGAAGCCGCUUGGAUCCGCGAGAAGGAACCCAUCAUCGCCUCUACCAACAGAGGUCGCGACCUCAUCGGCGUGCAGAACCUGAUGAAGAAGCACCAGGCGGUGAUGGGCGAGAUGUCGCAGCAUGAGGCGCGCGUGGAGGCGGUGCGCGCCGCGGGCGCCGCGCUGCGGGACGCGGGGCACUUCGCCGCCGACGACAUCGCGGCGCGGCUGCAGCAGCUGCACACGCAGUGGACGCAGCUGCAGGAGAAGGCUCUGCAGCGCAAGCAAGACUUGGAGGACUCGUUGCAAGCGCAGCAGUACUUCGCGGACGCCAACGAAGCGGAGUCGUGGAUGCGCGAGAAGGAGCCGAUGGCCAACACCCAGGACUAUGGCAAGGACGAGGACUCCUCCGAAGCUCUGCUCAAGAAACAUGAAGCUCUGCUGUCGGACUUGGAAGCUUUUGGCAACACUAUCAAGGCGCUGCGUGAGCAGGCCGACUCUUGCCGGCAACAAGAGUCCCCGGCGGUGGACGUGUCGGGCAAGGAGGUGGUGGCGGCGCUGUACGACUACGCCGAGAAGUCUCCGCGCGAGGUGUCCAUGAAGCGGGGAGACGUGCUCACCUUGCUGAACUCUAACAACAAGGACUGGUGGAAGGUGGAGGUGAACGACCGUCAAGGGUUCGUCCCAGCCGCCUACGUGAAAAAAUUGGAGGCUGGACUCACGGCCUCGCAGCAGAACCUCGCCGACUCGAGCUCCAUCGCCGCCAGGCAGAACCAGAUCGAAGCUCAGUACGACAACCUGCUGGGCUUGGCGCGCGAACGUCAAAACAAGCUCAAUGAGACGGUCAAGGCGUACGUGCUGGUGCGGGAGGCCGCGGAACUCGCCACCUGGAUCAAGGAUAAGGAGAUGCACGCCCAAGUGCAAGACGUGGGCGAGGACCUGGAGCAAGUGGAGGUGAUGCAGAAGAAGUUCGACGACUUCCAGAACGACCUGCGAGCGAACGAAGUGCGCCUCGCCGAGAUGAACGAGAUAGCCGUGCAGCUCAUGACGGUCGGACAGACCGAGGCCGCCUUGAAGAUCAAGACACAGAUGCAGGAGCUGAACUCGAAGUGGACAUCGCUGCAGCAACUGACAGCGGAACGAGCAGCUCAGCUAGGGUCAGCGCACGAGGUACAGCGCUUCCACCGCGACGUGGACGAGACCAAGGACUGGAUCGCGGAGAAGGAGGCCGCGCUGUCCACCGACGACCUCGGCAAGGAUCUGCGCUCCGUGCAGACCUUACAGAGGAAACACGAAGGUCUGGAGCGCGACUUGGCGGCGCUCGGCGACAAGAUCCGCCAGCUGGACGACACUGCCAACCGGCUGAUGUCGACGCACGGCGACUCCGCCGACGCCACCUACAGCAAGCAGCGGGAGAUCAACGAGGCCUGGCACCAGCUGCAGGCACGCGCCAACGCGCGCAAGGAGAAGCUGCUUGACUCCUACGAUCUGCAGAGGUUCCUCUCGGACUACCGCGACUUGAUGGCGUGGAUCAACUCCAUGAUGGCGUUGGUCAGCUCGGACGAACUCGCCAAUGACGUCACCGGCGCUGAAGCUCUUCUUGAAAGACACCAGACCCAGCGACUGGAGAUAGACGCGCGGUACGGCAUAAUGCCGCAGGAGCAUCGCACGGAGAUGGACGCGCGCGCCGGCACGUUCCAGGCGCUGGAGCUGUUCGGCCAGCAGCUACUGCAAGGCGGCCACUACGCCAGCGUCGACAUACAGGAGAAACUCAACAACAUGGGCGACGCCAGGCAGGAGCUCGAAAAGGCGUGGGUAGCGCGCCGCAUGAAGCUGGAUCAGAACCUGGAGCUGCAGCUGUUCUACCGCGACUGUGAGCAGGCGGAGGGCUGGAUGGGGGCACGCGAGGCGUUCCUGGCGCCGCCCGGGGACCAGCCCGACCAGCCCACCACCGACAACGUCGAACAGCUCAUCAAGAAGCACGAGGACUUCGAUAAGGCUAUCAAUGCUCAUGAGGAGAAGAUUGCUCAGCUGCAGACGUUGGCGGAUCAGCUGAUCGCGUCGGAUCACUACGCCGCGGAUCCUAUUGACAAGAAGCGCAAGCAGGUGCUGGACCGCUGGCGCCAUCUGAAGGAGGCCCUCAUCGAGAAGCGAUCCAGACUGGGUGACGAACAGACCCUGCAGCAGUUCUCCCGCGACGCGGACGAGAUGGAGAACUGGAUCGCGGAGAAGCUGCAGCUGGCCACCGAGGAGAGCUACAAGGACCCCGCCAACAUACAGUCCAAGCAUCAGAAACACCAGGCGUUUGAAGCGGAACUGGCAGCUAACGCCGAGCGCAUCCAAUCCGUACUCGCUAUGGGCGGCAACCUGGUGCAGCGCGGGCAGUGCAGCGGCAGCGAAGACGCCGUGCAGGCUCGCCUAGCAUCGAUCGCGGAUCAGUGGGAGUUCCUGACGCAGAAGACAACAGAGAAGUCGCUCAAGCUGAAGGAGGCUAACAAGCAGCGCACCUACAUCGCUGCCGUCAAGGACCUCGACUUCUGGCUCGGAGAGGUUGAGAGCCUUCUAACCUCGGAAGACUCGGGCAAAGACUUGGCAUCAGUCCAGAAUUUGAUGAAGAAGCACCAGCUCGUGGAAGCUGACAUCCAAGCUCACGAGGACCGCAUAGCUGACAUGAACGCCCAAGCUGACGCCCUGGUGUCGAGCGGCCAGUUCGACAGCGCCGGCAUCGGCUCGCGCCGCUCCGCCAUCAACGAGAGGUUCGAGCGCGUGCGCAACCUCGCCGCCCACCGCCGCGCGAGGCUGAACGAGGCCAACACCCUGCACCAGUUCUUCCGCGACAUCGCUGAUGAGGAGUCCUGGAUUAAGGAGAAGAAACUCCUUGUCGCGUCAGACGACUACGGGCGCGACCUCACCGGGGUCCAGAACCUUCUGAAGAAGCACAAGCGCUUGGAAGCCGAGCUGGGCAGCCACGAACCGGCCAUACAGGCCGUGCAGGAAGCAGGGGAGAAACUCAUGGACGUCUCCAACCUGGGUGUUCCCGAGAUCGAACAGAGGUUGAAAGCGCUGGCGCUUGCGUGGUCGGAGCUGCAGGCGCUGGCCGCGGAGCGGGGCACCAAGUUGCAGCAGUCGCUGGCGUACCAGCAGUUCCUGGCCAAGGUCGACGAGGAGGAGGCUUGGAUCAGCGAGAAACAGCAGUUGGUGGUAGUGGGUGAGUGCGGCGACAGCAUGGCCGCGGUGCAGGGCCUGCUGAAGAAGCACGAGGCCCUGGAGGCGGAGCUGGCGGCGCGCGCCGACCGCGUACGGGACCUGUCGCAGGAGGGCGAGCAGCUGCUGCAGCAGGGGAACCUGCACGCCGACGCGCUCAGCCACCGCAUUAGAGCUCUACAGGCUAAACUGGAGAAGCUGACGGGGCUGGCAGCUCGUCGCAAGGCAGCCCUGGUGGACAACUCGGCGUACCUGCAGCUGCUGUGGAAGGCCGACGUUGUGGAGUCCUGGAUCGCCGACAAGGAGACGCACGUGCGCUCCGAUGAGUUCGGACGAGAUCUCUCCACCGUGCAGACAUUGCUCACCAAGCAGGAUACCUUCGACGCCGGGCUCGCGGCGUUCGAACACGAGGGCAUUCAGAACAUCACGGCCCUCAAGGAGCAGCUGGUGGCGGCUAACCACGAGCAGUCGGCCGCCAUCGUGGCGCGCCACGCGGACGUCAUCUCGCGCUGGCAGCGGCUGCUGGCCGACUCGGCCGCGCGCAAGCAGCGCCUGCUGCAGCUGCAGGACCAGUUCCGCCAGAUCGAGGAGCUGUAUCUCACCUUCGCUAAGAAGGCGUCCGCCUUCAACUCGUGGUUCGAGAACGCAGAGGAGGACCUCACCGACCCGGUGCGCUGCAACUCCAUCGAGGAGAUCCGCGCGCUGCGCGACGCGCAUGCGCAGUUCCAGGCCUCACUGUCCUCUGCGCAGUCGGACUUCGAGGCGCUGGCGGCGUUGGACGAGCAGAUCAAGAGCUUCAACGUCGGCGCCAACCCUUACACCUGGUUCACUAUGGAAGCGCUCGAGGAGACAUGGCGCAACUUGCGCAAGAUCAUCGCGGAGCGCGACGUUGAGCUGACGAAGGAGGCGCAGCGGCAGGAGGAGAAUGACAAGUUGCGCAAGGAGUUCGCCAAACACGCCAACGCGUUCCACCAGUGGCUCACCGAGACACGGUACCGGCUGCUAGGCUGGGACGGCACUUCCAUGAUGGAAGGCACGGGCUCGCUGGAACAGCAGCUGGCGACGCUGCGUCAGCGCGCCGGGGAGGUCCGCGCCAGGAGGGCUGACCUGCGACGCCUUGAAGAAUUAGGCGCCGCGCUAGAGGAGCACCUGAUCCUGGACAACCGGUACACGGAGCACAGCACCGUGGGGCUGGCGCAGCAGUGGGACCAGCUCGACCAGCUCUCCAUGCGCAUGCAGCACAACCUCGAGCAGCAGAUACAGGCCAGGAACCACUCCGGUGUAAGCGAGGACGCUUUGAAGGAGUUCUCGAUGAUGUUCAAGCACUUCGACAAGGACCGCUCCGGGCGGCUCAACCACCACGAGUUCAAGUCGUGCCUGCGCGCGCUCGGCUACGACCUGCCCAUGGUCGAGGAGGGACAGCCCGACCCAGAGUUCGAGGCUAUACUCAACGUGGUGGACCCGAACCGCGACGGGCAGGUCUCCCUGCAGGAGUACAUGGCGUUCAUGAUCAGCAAGGAGACGGAAAACGUGCACUCGUCCGAGGAGAUCGAAAACGCCUUCCGCGCCAUCACCGCGCACCAGGACCGCGCCUACGUCACCAAGGACGAGCUAUACGCCAACCUAACAAAGGAGAUGGCGGAUUACUGCGUGGCGCGCAUGAAGCCAUACGCGGACACCAAGACGGAGCGGCCCAUCCCCAACGCACUCGACUACAUCGACUUCACGCGCACGCUCUUCCAGAACUAAGCGCACGCGCAGCCGCCGCCCGCGCAAUAUCCGCGCACUAAUAUAAACUACACUCGCUUAUAUCGUCUUUUUAUUCUGUGACUUCUAAGAAAACUUUCUAAGUUUCUGUGGAAUCUUGUCACAAAAUACCCUCGUUGAAGUCUUUAUUAACUGUCAAGAAUGACAACUGAUUCUGCCCAUGUCUAAGUACCGUAGACUAUGUUUUUGGUUACAUUUUCCCCGAUAGCGGGCAGGCAAAGGAACAUAGCCAUACAGCCUACGUACCGGGGACAUAAUCGAACUGAAAGAGAGGGUAAACAUUACUGUGAUAAUAUUCUACAGACUCAGUUCCCCACCUUCGUGUAACGCGCGUACUGCCCGGGCAGCUCCAAGCUUAUAUAACUCACUUUGAGAGUCUGCUAUUCCAUUAUGCCUAGACUAAAUAUUGCAUUUCAAAAUUCGUGUUUAGAUCGUAGUGCAGUUGGCCUGUAGCUUGGGCGAAGCUGACGUCGUGUCUUAGUUCGGAAGAUGUGCUACCUUCUAUGUGAAGUAACACGUCUUCGAACAAUAGCUGCUAGUGUCCUGCUACUUGGGUAGUGUAGUACUGUACCGUCGGUAUGUACACCGCAGCUUGGGAAAGAAUUCCUUUUCUCUGACCGUAGCAGAGAAAUACGGAGCUCCCUCUUCGAACUCACAUUUCAGCUUUCAUCGUACGAACUUAUUCGAACUUUUUACUUACUGACUCCAUUCGGCUAAUUGUUUUGCUAGUUAAGCAAAAGUGUUUUAUCUAAGUUAAGUAUGUUUGGUAUUUUAUUCAAUUAUAUUAUAUAAUUAACAAAUCAGAGUUGCUAUGCUAAGAUUCUAUUUAUUUUUUUGUAUCCCUUUAAAUCUAUAUAACAAUAAACGCAUUUAUUUCA